CUAACCAUUCUUUCUUACGUCAUUCACAUGCAUAUCAAGACGUGACUGGUGACAGAUAGACCCAGAGACAGGUGGAGGCAGGCUUCGUUUUACUAUCGUGAUUUACGCGCGCCUUUCUUAAAUAACAAGAUGAAAUCCAAGGCAGAUUUGUCGACUGAAACUGCAUGGAAUCAAUUGCAACAAUAUUUCGACAGUAAUGGCCCGAAGAUUAACAUAUAUAAUAUGUUCCAGCAAGAUAAUAAACGCUUCGAAAAGUUUAGCUUGGAACUUGCUACUCCACAAGAUGGUCCUAUUUUAUUAGACUACUCCAAAAAUAGAAUUAAUGAAGAAGUAUUUGGUUUAUUAUUGAAUUUGGCUCGUGCACGGGAGAUAGAAGCUGCAAGAAAUGCUAUGUUUAGUGGUGAAAAAAUCAAUUUUACAGAAAAUAGAGCAGUUUUACAUAUUGCUUUGCGCAAUAGAAGUAAUACACCGAUAUUGACAGAUGGAAAGGAUGUGGUGCCUGAUGUUAAUGCGGUAUUGGAGCAUAUGAAGAGUUUCACAAAUGAGGUAUUGACAAAACAGUGGAAAGGUUUUACUGGUAAACCUAUUGAAGAUGUAGUUAAUAUUGGAAUUGGCGGCUCUGAUUUGGGACCGCUCAUGGUAACGGAAGCUUUAAAAGUAUAUAGCAUUGGACCCAGGGUUCACUUUGUCAGCAACAUAGAUGGUACGCAUAUAGCAGAGACCCUCAAGAAAUUAAAUCCAGAGACAACUUUAUUCAUAAUAGCUUCUAAGACAUUCACUACACAAGAAACUAUAACCAACGCAACUUCUGCCAAGCUGUGGCUUCUGGAAGCAUUGAAAAAUGAAACUGCAGUGGCGCGUCAUUUUGUCGCAUUAUCUACUAAUUCGCAAAAAGUAAAAGAAUUUGGCAUUGAUGAGAAAAACAUGUUUGGUUUCUGGGAUUGGGUUGGUGGACGUUACUCUUUAUGGUCAGCUAUUGGUUUAUCAAUCUGCUUAUCAAUUGGUUUUGAUAAUUUUGAAAAACUUUUAAGUGGAGCUCAUUUUAUGGAUCAACAUUUCUGCACAGCACCACUGGAAAAAAAUGCACCUGUCAUAUUAGCUUUACUCGGUAUAUGGUAUCACAACUUUUACAAGGCUGAGACGCACGCGCUCUUACCAUAUGACCAAUAUCUACAUAGAUUUGCUGCUUACUUUCAACAAGGCGAUAUGGAGAGUAACGGCAAAUAUGUUACUCGCGCUGGGAAGACUGUAAAUUAUUCCACUGGUCCGAUCGUAUGGGGCGAACCAGGCACUAACGGUCAACACGCGUUCUAUCAGUUGUUGCAUCAAGGUACAAGACUUGUACCAGCGGAUUUUAUAAUUCCUGUUCAGUCUCAAAAUCAAGUUCAAGGUACUUUGCACCACAAAAUUUUACUCGCGAAUUUCUUUGCGCAAACUGAAGCUUUAAUGAAAGGCAAAAACGAGAACGAGGCUCGGACUGAAUUGCAGAAAUCGGGAUUGGGUACUGAACAGGUGGAUUUACUAUUACCGCAUAAGAUGUUCGAGGGAAACAGACCAACGAACAGUAUCGUAGUGAAGAAAUUAACUCCUUUUAUUCUCGGUGCAUUGAUCGCAAUGUAUGAACAUAAAAUCUUUGUACAGGGUAUGAUUUGGGAUAUUAAUUCGUAUGAUCAAUGGGGUGUGGAAUUAGGGAAACAGUUAGCCAAAGCUAUAGAACCAGAGUUGGAUAGCACAGAAACUAUAACAACUCACGAUUCAUCAACAAAUGGUUUGAUCGCGUUUGUUAAACGUCACAGAACCUAAAGACCUAUUCAGUGGUAUGCACUGAAGAUAUUUAAAAAAGGUAUAACUGAACAUAAAUAACCCAAUUGCAAGUUAUAUCAGAAUUUAUGUAUUUUGUAUAGUUGGUGGAAAGAAAUUAUGAGUACAUACAUGUAAUCAGUGAUAUCUCUGACUAUUUCAGAGAUGAAUUAAUCAGAACGAAAAAUCGAUUUUUAAUAUUUAAAUAACGAAUAUGACAUGUAUCACUCGCUGCAUUACGUAUGUCAAAAUUUCCUUGGUCUUAUUGUGGAAUUAUGCAGUGAAUACUUAUUCAUAGUAAUGUUUGUUGUAUCUUUUGUUGGCGAUAUUUAUAUUAAAACAGGAUGAAUGCAUCAAAAAACAUACCAGCUCUCUUAAAAAAAAUUAAUCUAUUAGAAAAAAAUGACCUAAUAAUGCUUAGCCCAACAAAUUUAUUUAAUAU